AUGUCGUUUAGUAGAAGUGUAUUAAGAUGGCUACAGACAAUAGAUCUUUCACAAUCAUAUAGUAAUCCAAGAGUUGAUUUCGCAAGUGGAUUUUUAGUAGCAGAAAUCGUUGCAAAAUAUAUUCCAACAGUAUCAAUGCAUUCUUAUUCAAACUUCGUUAGUACUAAAAUGCGCCAAGACAAUUGGAAUCAAUUAGCUGCUGUAUUUCAGAAAAAUAAAAUACCAAUUCAACAAUAUUUAAUUGAUGAAGUAAUUAAAAGGAAACAAGGUUCGGCUGUUACUCUUAUUGAAAUAUUAUAUACACAUUUCACUAAACUUACACCUAGUCAUCCAAAUCUUGGCAAUUUCUCAUCGAAUGAUUCUAAAGAGAAAGGAAAACAAGCGCAAGUUACAACAAUUGCACCACCUACGAUUCCAAAAACACCAGAACCACAACCAGAGAUACCUCCACCAGCACCAAAUCGCCAAAGAUUCAUUGGCUCAACAUCAGUACAAAGAACUGGUGCUGCAUCGGACUUAACACCUAUCUCAUUCGAAUCGGCAUCUGUUAUCAAGUCUGGACCUGGAUUUUUGGAGUUGCGCAAUUCAAAUACUCCAGCAACUGAAGAUUCAGAUCCCAAAGUACUUGAUAAUGCUAUUGAUGAGCUCACAAAAGAGAUCACACCAGAAUCUCUCCAAACAUUCAUUACUUCUCUUUCAGAUCCGAUUCAACUUGCUCAAUUCCUGGAACAUUAUCCACCAGACUUAAUCGUUCACUUCUUAACAGUUGCUGCUCCAAAGACGCCACCAGAAUACGGUUCUUGCCUAAUUGAUUAUCUCAUUGAUCUUUUCAUUCCAACUUUAACACCGGAAGCUCUUCCAAUUGGAGACCUUGCCGAUUUCAUUUUCUCAGUUCCAAGCCAAGAUCCAUUCACUCAUCACAUUUUGCUUUACCAUGUUCUUGAACAUGCACCGGAAGAUUCAAGAGCCACAAUUUUAAGUGCAUUUUUGACAAGAGAAACUGAAUUAUCUAAACCUCUUGCAGAAUUCUAUGCCCAGAAGAUCGAAGGGUAUUCAAAGAACGAUCCACAAUGCUUAUUACCACAAGCUCUUACUAAACUCAUUAAUUUUGAUAGACAAGCAGGUAUUCCUUUGAUUCCUUUGUUCCCUCCAACGGGAGAUCAAGAUAAAGAUGUACAACUCGUUGGAUUAUACACUAAAGCAACUGAAGAAGCUUUACCACAAAUCAAAGAGAUCAUUACAGGUGCAAAUAGAUCUGUUGCUGCUUUAGUUUUGUCAACAAUUGCAAAGGAUAAAUCUUUGACAACAGAACAAAUGGCAUCUUUAUUAUUGUUACUUCCUGAUCCAAUGGAAUUAUUAAGUACUCCUUAUAGUAUAGAAAGUUUUGGACAAACAUAUAAUGUUGAUCCUUUGAUACAAUCAAUUUCUACAGUUGAUAUUGCUGAAUCUAUGGCGAACCAGAUUAAUCAAUCUCAACCUGAUAGAAUUGACAAAGAGAUCUUCUUGUUGUCCGCUUUAAUGACUGAUAUUAGACAAGAUGAUGCGGAAAGAUGGACGAAAGUUUUUAAUAAUUUACAUGAAUAUCUUUAUUUGGCUUUUUGCGAUGAAAAUGUUUGCAAAGAAGUUUCUAAUGUUUGCUUGGCUUUCUAUAAGAUGAUACAAGGUGAAGUAUUUAGUACUUUCUCUGUAUUGUUUAAAGCUUUGAAUUAUGUAUUCCCAUCAAAUUGUCCAGCAAUUUGCAAACAAGUUUCCGCAGAAUUUUUAUCGAAAGCAGCUGAGAUUAAUCCUAAUUUCUCACAGGCAAUAUUGAAAUUAUUGAUGAACUUCCCACCAAAGACAAAUCCUGAUUUAGACAGGCUUAUUGCUGCGCUCAAGAAAGUAAGAAAAUAA